AUGCCGCCCUGCCAGCUUAAAGUUUUUCUGAUCCUGUGGACAGCCUCAAUGUGCUUGGGAAUGAACUUAGAGGCCCGAGUAGAAUCGAUUGGUGCUAUAGAAGGUGAUAAGGAAACUCUUUUCACUUUUACAACGCGACUUUUAGGGAGAGAACGACUGUUAAAUGGAUCAAUUAUUAAUCAUGUCGACCUAGACGAGUCCUAUGAAGUUUGGCUUGAUAUUGAUCAAUAUAGGAAUGGAGACUGGGUCCCCAGUAACAUGAAGGUGCGCACCAAGCCGUGCAAUUGGUUUACCAACUAUUUUGGUAAAUAUUUUCUACCAAUGAUUAAAGAUUCGAACUUGCCUCCGGUCGGAGAGAUGUGCCCCUUUCGAAAGGGCGAAUAUUAUAUUAGAAACGCCAAGAUUGAGCCACAUAACUGGCCAUCAAUCUUGUUUCAGGGCCUAAACAAGUUCAUUAUUCUUUAUAAAAAGAAUGGACAAGUUUACGGCGGACUUGAGUUUGUCAUUGACUUGAUCGAUGCAAUCUGAUAAAUUGCAAUUUGAAAACAUUACAGAUGUAGAGAAUAUCUUAAACUGAUAUAUGCAAUUAAAACAAACAGUAUCUCGAGGGUA